AUGGUCCACCAGCAUAGCACCUACCUCGUGGCCGCGAAUCGAGCGUCCCAUCAUCGUCCACGCGCCGCGCAACCCGUCGAAGCCUGCAACAUGUUCGAGAAAUCACUCUACGACCUCAUCCGAGGGCUACGCAACCACAAGGGCAACGAGAAGGAAUAUAUCCAAAAGAGUCUGAAGGAAUGCCGCGCCGAGGUCCGCAGCCAAGACAUGGACGUCAAGGCGACGGCUUUGCUGAAGCUCAUCUAUCUCGAGAUGAUAGGCUACGACAUGUCUUGGGCCUCCUUCCACGUUUUGGAGGUCAUGUCCUCUCCCAAAUAUCACCAGAAGCGCGUGGGAUACCUGGGCGCCGUCCAGAGCUUCCGACCAGACACCGAGGUUCUCAUGCUGGCUACCAAUCUGUUGAAAAAGGACCUCGGCUCCUCUUCGCAGACAGUUAUAUCCCUUCCCAUUGCCACGCUUCCCCACGUCAUCACGCCCUCCCUGGCCCUUUCCACGCUCGCGGAUCUCCUUCCCCGCCUGAGCCACAGCCACUCCAGCAUCCGGAAGAAAACGCUCGUCACCCUGUAUCGAUUGGCGCUGGUGUAUCCGGAAGCGUUGCUUGCGGCGUGGCCCAAGAUCAAGGAGCGCCUCAUGGAUCCCGAGGAAGAUGCCAGCGUGACGGCGGCGAUUGUGAAUGUCGUGUGCGAGCUGGGCUGGCGCAGACCACACGACUUCCUGCCCCUUGCGCCUCGUCUGUUUGAAUUGCUUGUCGAUGGUGGAAAUAACUGGAUGGCUAUAAAGCUCAUCAAAUUGUUUGCCGCCUUGACGCCACUGGAGCCGCGGCUUGUGCGAAAACUGCUGCCGCCGCUGACCAAUAUAAUUGCGACUACGCCUGCCAUGUCUCUGCUUUACGAGUGCAUUAAUGGUAUCAUUCAAGGUGGUAUUCUGGGAAGCACAGACGACACUUCAGACACUGAUGAAAUCGCCACUUUGUGUGUAACCAAGCUACGGGGGAUGAUAAUGAUUGAUGGUGAUCCGAAUCUCAAAUAUGUAGCUUUGUUGGCCUUCAACAAGAUUGUCGUGACGCAUCCCUACCUGGUGGCUCAACAAGAAGACGUUAUAUUGGAGUGCAUUGACAGCCCCGAUAUUACCAUUCGGAUGCAGGUCCUCGGCCUGGUCCAAGGAAUGGUGACUGCUGAUAAUCUGGUGUCUGUUGUGAGUCGGUUGACGAAACAGCUCAAGUCAGCCCAAGUAGCCACGGAGAAGAAUCGACCGGGAACGCCGUCGCCUGGCCCCGGCUCCGACUCCGACUCGGAAACCCAAGUGGCCGUUGCGCAAUCCAGCAGAUUCGAAAACCAACUGCCGCCGCUGCCGGAAGACUACAGGCUGGAUGUCAUUGGAAGAAUCCUGUUCAUGUGUUCCAAGGACGACUAUGCCAACGUGCUGGAUUUUGACUGGUACAUUGACGUACUGACGCAGCUUGUCCGCAUGGCUCCGAUUCCCAGACAGCAAGACUACCCCAGCGGCAUGGGCGCCUCGUCGAGGCCAGCUGCGGACAUGUCGGAAAGAGUGGGGGACGAGCUGCGAAACGUUGCCGUCAAAGUCAGGGCCAUGAGGUCCACGGCGGUCAGAGCUGGCUUCGACAUUCUUACACAGCUCAACGCGGAUACUCCUACGGGCCACAGGGUUACAUCUGGGGCUCUAACGUCCCUGACCUGGAUCCUGGGAGAAUACGCAGUCCUGCUUCACGACCAGGACGGCGCGUUGAACAGCCUGCUCCAGCUGGUACCCCGGGCGGCCCGCCCCGAGGCCUGCACGACUUCGCUGCUAGCAAUUGCCAAGAUUUUCGCCUCGAUUUCCGGCGACGCUUCGCAGCCGUGGACGGCGGAGAGGAAGUCGAGGAUAUCGCUCCUCAUGGCCCGUAUUCUGCACGUAGCCGAGCCGCUGGCUUUGCAUCCCAACCUCGAGGUGCAGGAGCGUGCGGUUGAGCUCGUGGAGCUGUUGAAACUCACGGCAGAGGCUGCCGCGGGACAGCCUGCCUCGACAGACGAAGCCCCUCAGGAUCCUCCUCUUCUGCUGACGCAGGCAAUCCCCUCGCUGUUCACCGGCUGGGAGCUCAACUCGGUCUCCCGAGGAGCGCAGCGAAACGUGCCGCUGCCCGAGGGGCUCGACCUGGACGAGCCCAUUCACCGCAACCUAGGUCGACUCCUGUCGUCGGCCGAUGCCGUCACCGUGGACGCGGACGACGAGUCGGAUGAGUUCGAGGGAUACUACAAUCAGCGACCCGCCCCCGCGGCCAUGUCGUCAUCAUCCUCGGCACCGGCAAUGAGGAGACUGGUCAACACGGCCGAGGAGAUGGCGGACUCGUAUCAGCAGCAGCCGAGCGAGGAGACGUACCUGGACGCCGACAUUGUUGCCAGGCGCAAGGCAGAGAGGCUGGAGAGAAACAAGGACGACCCGUUCUACAUAGCCAGCAGCGUCGACGUGCCGCGAACCUCUACCCCCAUCCAUAACAUCCUGCAAAGCAGCAACGGGCCCGAUCUCGACAUCGACUCGAUCCCCGUCAUGAAGCUCGAGCUCGACAACGUCGCAGGGCCUGCAGCAGGCCCAGCGGCGUCACGGCCCCAAGGCAAGCCCAAGCCCAAGCCCAAGCCCAAGCAGCGAAUCAUUGUUGCCAGCGACGAAACCCUGGGAGCCGACGGCGGCAGCGGCGGCCGGCCGUACGAUUCCGAAAACAACUCGGACGGCGUGGCCAAGCCGCGGGCCGGCAGGAAGAAGCCCAAGCACUCCCUGCUGCAGGUGGACUCGAGCCACAUUGGGGCCCUGAGCCUGGAAGGCGCGCGCGCAAACGGCUUCGACCACGAGCAGCAGCAGCGCGAGGAGGCCGAGAUGCAGCAGGCCAUCAGGGAGGUCGAGCGCCUGCGUCUGGAGAUGCAGCGCGCCAACGAGCGCAUCCAGGUCGCCCAGGGCGUCGACGCCCAAGGCGCCGUCGUCAAGACGAAGAAGAAGAAGAAGACGACGACGACGAAGAAGAAGAAGGCCGCGGGGGCGGCGGACAACGCUCCCGUCGGAACGGAAGAGGCGAAGCCGCGGAAGAAGAAGAAGAAGAAGGAGGAGGAGGAGGAGGAGGAGGUGGUGGCUCAGCCUGCGCAGGCGCUCCAGGCCAGCCAGGGCCUUGAUCCCGUGGGCACGGCCGCCGCGGCGGACGCGGUUGUCCUGCCGAAGAAGAAGGCUGGCAGGAAGAAGAUGGCCGAGAUUGAGGACGUCUAG